GAGGUGACGUCAGCAAGCCGUUUUUUCCCUUGUUGACUCAAUAACAAGAGAGAAAGAAGGAAAGAAACUGACCUGAGUGAAAUGCUUUAUCUUAUGCCACAUCGCUCGACUUCAAUACGACUUCAAACAGCUCGAGCGGUGUAUACGCGAUCUUGGUUCAUCAGUCUGCUGUGCAAAUUUCUUUGUCUUCUAGCUAGUUAAGUUAUAUGGAAAACCUGUUUAAGUCGAAUUCCCGAGGAUUUCUGUUCCGCAAAGGAUCCUAUGACUCUUCUUCUGGUUUUAAAACGUAAACAUGUUUGUUUUUAUGAAGAGCAGCAGAAAUAUGAGUGAAUUGGUGAGCCCGGAGUAUCAGGGCUGUGUGGACGGAUCUCUGAUGGACGGAUUCAGUGUUUUUAUUCAGGGUCUGUUGGCUCUUCUGGCUUUCAGCACUUUAAUGUUGAAGAGGUUUCGUGAACCUGUUGGAAUUAGAAGACCUUGGAGGAUCUGGAUCUUUGAUACAUCUAAGCAAGCCAUUGGUGCUCUUUUCAUGCAUUUUGCCAACAUAUUCCUGUCUACACUCACCAGUGAAGAUCCCUGCUCUCUGUAUCUAUUGAACUUCCUGUUGGAUGCCACAUUGGGAAUGCUGGUGAUCUGGAUGGGGGUGAAGGUUGUUUCUAAGAUAGUGGAAUAUAAACAGAUAACACUACUAAUGUUUGGAGAAUAUGGUGAUCCUCCUCGGGUAGCGGCCUGGUUGGCUCAGUGCUCAGUGUAUUUACUCAUCGUUGCUCUGGAGAAAAGUGUGGUCACUCUGGUGCUGCUCAUUCCCGGGUGGACCAAUCUGGAGGAGGUGGUGUUGGACUACAUCCCAAACCCACAGCUGGAGUUAGCCAUCGUCAUGCUGAUCGUGCCUUUCAUUGUUAAUUCUAUAAUGUUCUGGGUGGUGGACAGUUUAACAAUGCGGAAAUAUAAGAAGAUGACAUCUCUGGAAGGCUCACAUGACUGUCCAAAGCAAGUAGAGGUGUUGCCAAAUGAAAGCAAUGAUGAAGCUGAGGUGCUGCUAAAGGAAGAUGAAGAUGAUGCUACAGUAUGCUCUGAAGAGGAAGAACAGGCUUCAACAGAAGAGGCAUUAAUACGAGUCUGUAUGGAAGUUUAAAAAAACACAAACCUAUCAACAUUUCUUAUACCCUAUAUAUCUGUUCUUAAACCCAGAGAGCUGUCUUGGUGUUUACUACCUACCUUCUAAGGCAGCUUCCUAAUUGAAAUGGAAACUCAAGUGACUGAUUUGGAACCUUCUAAUUAGGUAGAAACUCCACCGCACAACUAGAACUUUUGACAUGAAGUACACUGGAGACGGGUCUCAAAUGAUUCCAAUAGAGUUUGGUGUUAGCAUGUUGCUAAGCUAACAACACAACACUAAAUACUUGAUAUGAUACUAAGUAUAAAAAUUCACGGCACACGUAAAAUGUUGAAUAAAUUCUCUAUUUUUAGUUGGAUUGAACUUUUAUAUUGAUAGGCUACUUGAAUGAAAUAUAUUUAUUGUCAACAUUUAAUUUAUCAUUUAGUAGCCUAUGCUACUAAACAGCCUUGUUGGGAGAGUACCUUUAAUGCCUUAAAUAGAGCCUUUCAUGAGAAGUACAUUUAGAAUAUUACAAUUGAUCCCAAUAGAGUCUGACGUUAGCAUGUUGCUAAGCUAACAACACAAUGCUCCAAUAAGUAUAAAAAAAUCCUUUAGUUUUAGUUAGUUAACUGUUAUAAUUUUACUUUUAUUUAUCGAAUGAUCAAGUCAACAUUUCUCUCACAUCGUCCACCAUCUUAAUCAUUAAUUUAAAAAAAAAGAAAAAAAAAGAAACUUUUUCUGCAAAGGAAGUCUUUGUUUUGGGCACAUACCUAUGAUACCUUAACCCAGCAAAUACAGAAUGUUCUUCUAACGUUAGCGUAUGGUUCCCAAAUUUUUUUUUUCUUUAGUUAUUAUCUUUAGGUUUUAUUUUUUGUUACCAUUAACAAAUGUUCUUACAACAUUCUCAGAACAUUCUUAGAGAGGAAAAUGCUGUCUAGGUAGGCAGUUCACUAUAUGUGACACGCUAUACUUCAUGUAAAACUACAUUUUACAUAUUUUAUUAUUAUUAUGCAUGCAGCUCAUAUUAAAUAUGAGCUACUUUUAAUUGAGAUACUAUGUGGAAUAUUUGUACUUUUAAAACUUGUUUGUUAGGCUAUUAGAAUUAAUGAAUCAAAAAUGUGAUUAGAAUGGUCACCAAUUCAUUGUUAUACAAGUUAUACAUUCUAAGUUCUAAGUUAUACAUUUUGCCUUAUACAUUUAUAUAAACUUUAACCUUAUAUUGUUGGGAAAAAAUAGGUGUUGGAAAAGGUUAAUGUCCAUGUUAUUUGUCAGAAAGAGAAGUAGUUAAAUUGCGACAGUGCAUUUUAAACAAAUAUUUUCAUAUUACAUUUUAGGAUGUAUAUGUACUGUAUAAGAUAAUUAAUAGCUUAUGAGUUAUUAAAGGAAAACAUUAUCCUCCCUCCACUUAAGAGUUCAUACUUCUAAGAAGUUAAUUAAAAGUAAAGAAACAGAGACAGAUGCAAGAGGAGGUCUAGUGUUUCUCCUGAUUACAGACAUUCAGACUUUUAAUUUGAAGUCUAAACAGCUCAUGUCACUACUUGUGAUGAACACACCACUGUCAGCACACUACAACCACUUUCCAGCUCUCACACACAUGCUAAAAUAUUUAAUAUCUCUAAGACUCACUAUAAGAAAAAAGUUGUCUUGUGUAAAACCAUUUGUAAAUAUUAAGUGAAAGACCAGAUGAUCUUUGUUUUACCCUGUAAAGUUUAAACCAUGUACAGUAUUCAGUUUUUUUAUAAUUGUGUUUUUGUAUUUUUACGCAUGCAACAUCAUGCAAUAGUUCUGAUUAACAAUUUGAUAUAUACAAUGUAUAAUGAUGUACAGACUAGUAACUGUAACCUUUCAGCUGUUAAAUUAUAUUAAUUUCUUCAAAAUUGUAGCAGUGCCAAUAUGCACAUGCGGUUUCUUCAACACGUUUGAGGAAAGUUGAAAAAUUCUUUCUUGAUGCUUUAUUUUAAUGUAAAAUUACAAGCUUGAACUUAAGUUGUAAAAUGCUAAAAAAAAAAAAAAAAAAAAAAAAAAAAACUGCUUGUAAUAAAAAAAUCUAGAACAAAA